AGCAUAAACCUUGUUGUUGUACAGAUUGCGAGAAGGGAGCCGUUUGUCUCCAGCGGGUCAUGUCAUUCACUCGUAGAUUGAACUGCAUUAGCACUCUGCACUGGGGGGUUCAAAUGCUGGACUACUCCAGACAUCGAGACUGAACGCGCGGACGAGCCGACCCGUAGCCGCUCUGCUACAUCAGGAAGAACACCAGAUGUAGCUUGACUGCGCUGUUAGCAUCUUAGCUGUUCCGUCAACGUGAGGGCACCAGUGGGUCCAACUCGUAGACAACAUACAGCCUAUGGUAACACAUAGAUCAACAAAAUGACCUCAGCCUCCACCAAAGUUGGAGAGAUCUUCUCUGCAGCUGGGGCGGCUUUCACUAAACUAGGAGAGCUCACGAUGCAGCUUCACCCAGUGGCCGACUCCAGUCCUGCAGGCGCUCUGACAAAGAGCACAGUGAAGAGGAAGCUUUAUGAAGAAGGAGUUCUUCCAACAUCCUCUGAUGGGCCCAAGAGGGUCAUCAAAAAAGCCACAGUUACUGUUUCCAUGGCAACACAGGGCACCCCAAAUCUCAUCUCUCUGCCAACAGCUCAGGUUGUUGUGCCGUCAGGAGUACUGGGCCCCCCCUCCAACCAGGCCCACCUGAAGAAACAAAAGACUGCAGAUGUUACCCUCAGUGCUCUGAAUGACUCGGAUGUCAACAUUGAUCUUGUUGACAUUGAGGGACUGGGUGAGGCGUCCAACUCCAAAAAACUCAACAACUUUGAUCAAGAUAACUUGAACCUGGACUCCAGCCUCAUCAUGAAUCCAAGUGACCUUCCUCUGCUCUCCCGUUGACCUCUUACUUCCUCUGACUUCUGUUGAUGAACAAAACUCUGAAAAUAAGAGGAUAAAAUGGCUGAUCCUUUGUGCCAAUGAUGCAGACCAUCAACUUUUAGAGAGCAUAUAGGAUUGUUAUGUUGGAGGACUUCUAUCUUAUCCACUACUAUUGGAUAAUUGCUACUUAAUGACAAUUUUUUUUGAGACCAUCUCCUUUCCUCACCCAAUUUUGCAUUGUAGAAAUAUCCAACAAGUCUAACAUUUAAAGGUGAGAUUUUUAGAUUCAUACUUCCUGUGAUCUUUAAAGAGAACCCAUUUCUCUUGUGUUCUCAUUGUGUACACAUUUUGAAAGUGAUUAGUAGCAGACAUUACCACAAUAGUAGUUAGUCAUUAAGAUUAUUUAAAACAGCAAAAACAUUUUGGAGGAAUUUAUGGUUUAUUUUAGGAUAUCUUCAAAGGGAGUUGUCUUAAUCAUAACAUAAAAGUGUUAGUAGUGAAAAUGACACAAAGUGUCAGAUCAUUCACAAUGUUCUUUUCAUUCCAGCCAGGGGCAGUUUAUAGUUGUAUUUUAGGCUUGGUACCUGAAGAAAAAAAUCAUGUUUUUGUGGAGAGUGAAGAUUUUGUAAGACUGAUAUAUUAAAGUGGUGGAAACUCA